UGGACAUUCUUUGAUUUCGUUCUGCCGACGAUGGUAAAGCUCAGUGGGUAAGGCACAAUAUCCAAUCAAUCCAUAGGAUGGCGUAACGGUCGUGUUACACACUUGGUCAUCAUCAGAAAAAGGGGGAGUACAAGAUGGCUCUCCUAUCACCUGCCCCCAUCAUCAAGAGUCAAGUUGUUCAAGUAACAACACCCCUGGUUGUGAAGGAAAGGAAAGGAAGGAGAACGGGAAAUCCCUUCCAUUUCCCGGAGGGCGCCAACAUCUUUGUCCUGAGGAACGAGGAGAAGGAGCGGAGGAAAAAGGAGUUGGAGGAACAGCGGAGCCUGAAGGUCCAUGAGAAGGUGUCGUUGGCGGGCCGGGCGAGGAGUGUUGCCCUGAUCAGGAGAAAUGCCAAAGGCCCAGGCCUGUUCGAGGAAGAGCCACCGCUCCGCGCUGCCAGGGCAGUCUGGAUGGACGCCCUGAUGAAAGAUCGCAACAUCGAGCGAGAGAGCAUCAAUGAAUACGUUGCAAAAAAGAGAGAAAUGUUUCUUAUGGAGUACUCGGCGGAGGUGAAGCGUGGUGAGAUUGAGCGUCUGCAGCAGCUGGCCUUGUCCAUGGAGAAGAAGCUGGAGCAGGCAGAGCGCCACCUAGAGGAGGACACCGCCAUGUUCGACGAAUUCCUCAAGGAGAACGACAGGAACUCGGUGGCCGCCAUUCAAAUGGCUGAACAGGAGACCAAACUCAAACUGGAGAAGGUGAUGGAGAUCAAGAGAAUCACAGCCAAGAUGGUGGCUGUCAAGAGUGACAUCAGCAAGUAUGAGGACAAGUUGAAGGAGUACAUGCUGUACAAAGACUUCCUGUUCAAGCUGUCACCACCUGAGUGGCAGGAGCAACAGCGAAUCAGGAGAGAGGAGCGCCAUCAGGCCCGGCAUCAGGGGCAGGAGAAGAGUGAGAAGACAGCUAAGAGAGAGAGCCUCGUCAAGACUCCACAGAGGAAAUACUCUGGAGACAAAUCUGCCAGUGGCAGGCGGACGGCAGCCAGCCAUGCCCUUCCCCCAGUGCGAGACGCCAAGGCCCGCAGGUCCUCCAAACAACUCCAGCAACAGGGCGACAAAACAUCGGAAGCCCCUGAGCAUGAAGACGGCAGCUCGGAGUAUGAGGACGAGCCAGAGCUGUUCUUCAGCGACCCUCAGCAGCUGCUGGACCUCCUGACUGAGCUGGAGGAGCAGAACCUGUCUCUGAUCCAGAACACCAGCGAGACCGAGGACUCCAUCGAGGGCUUCCAGAGGUUGAUGGAAAAGACUCGCAAGGAAAUGGAGAAGGAGAUGGAGGAGCUGAAGAUGCAUGUGGAGGUCAUGACCUAUAAAAUCCAGCGGGAGCAGGAGAAGGUCGACGAGCUGGAGCUCAAGGUCAAGCUCUUCGACUUCGGAGAGCUCAAGUUUCAGGAACAGGACACCAUGCUGGACAAGCUGAAGGUGAAGGUGGGCGAGCUGUACCACUGCUGCGUGGGGGAGAGCGGGGGCACCCUCAGCACCCUGCAGAUGCUCGCCGUCAUCGAGGGACGCCUGGAGGAGCUGAUGGAUCGCAUGGAGAACAUCCCCAAAGACAAGCUGCUACUCGCCGAGAAGAACAAGGAGCGGGAGCGGAGGAUCAGGAUGAGGGAGGAGAAGGCGUCACAGCAGAAGCAGAUCCAGGAGGAGCGCAUCAAGAAGGCUCUGGAGAGGUCUCAGGCCGACUACAAGAGAUUUGUGGGUAAAAAGCUCAUGAGCAGGUCCCAGCCUCCAUCUCGCAAGUUGAACGUGGUGCAGCAGACCAACACCACAGAUAGAGAGAAAGAAGACCACCUGUUCUUUUUCAAAGACUGAAAAGAGUGGUGGGCAUCGCCAGUGGCAUCCUUGACAUGUGCCUCUUAGAUUUGUACCAACUAUAUUAUUCUAUGGGAUGGGCUGGCUAUUUUAGAGUCAUUUCUAACCUCAAAGUUGUAUAGAUGGGAUGCAAUUUGUAUAUUUUUCAAAGUUGAUGAGAUUGGUAUAGAUGGGAUACAAUUUAUAUGUUUUUGGGGUAUUGACAGAAGUUUGGUUUCGCAGGGGACCGAGAAGUUGAACUGGACAUAUAUUGAAUAGUUGGGGAAAUGAACGGGAAUGCAUGGCCCCUCUUAAAGUCUAUUUUGUACUUCAUUACUUCUUGUAAUAAAAUCUCAGUUUGAGAA